GGAGGUAAACAAAAUGGCGGCGGCGUGUUAGCUGCGGCGGCUGGAGGAGGCGGGGGCGAGGCGGCCCGGAGCGCUCGGAAGUGAGGCGGGAGUGGGGAGAGCGGGGCCCCUCCACAGGGACAGGGCGGCUGCGGGGUGCCCCCUGAGGGGGGUCCCCUUGGGCCGUGUAGGGGGAUCGCCCCCCCCCGGCAGAGCUCCGGCUUGGGUAGGGGGAGCGGGGCCCCCGUUCAGGGGAGGCCGUUGAGGGAGAGAACAAGUGACCGCAGCUUCUCUCCGACCUCUGGGUGAGGGUAGGGCCAGCUCCCCCUUUAACUGAUCUCCUGCCGGGGGGGGGGAGUCCUGCAAGGGGGGGAGGUGCACUCCCCCCCGACUGAUCCCCUGUUAAGGGGGGGGGGCUGGGUGCGUUUGGGAGGGGUAAGGGCCACCUUCCUCUUGGGGUUGGCUGGGGGAGGUCAGCUCCCUUGGACUCCUGUUGGGUAUACUGGGGGAGUUCAUUUUUUUGCCCCUUUUGGGGGGCGUUUGCUGUGUGGUGACAGUGGGGGGGGGGGAAGAAAUUAGCUGGAUCAGUUCUUCCUGAUUGACACCUGUGGGGCGGCUUGGGGGGUUGUAAAUGGGAAGAAAAGCCUCAGCAACAUUAGCAUUUCCUGAGUGACCCCUCUCUAAGGGUGUGUUUCGGGGUCUUGUAAGGGGGAAAGAGCCCGCUCCUCCAAUCACACUUUAAGGAGGGGAGGACAGGCUGGGUGAAGUUUUAGUAGGAUUUGUGUUGUCUGCCUACCUGACACCUGGACCAGUGGUGGUGACACAUCAUGUGUCAGGCACAAUCUGAGUGGUUGAAGGAUGCCCCUGGGAGAUAUUGAUAGGCACACAAGGCCUCAAACUUUCAUAGGGGGGGGAAGAGAAGAAAUUAGAAUAGGUGUUGAAAUCACCUUCCAAGAAACUUCGUUCCAGCUACCCAACGGCUGAGAAAAUUAUCUGAGCUCGUACCUGGGAGGUGAGGGUGGCAGGGGAGAGUAAAUGACCCUGCAAUUCGCAGUUUGGAAUUGGGAACCAUGAUCUGCUAGUAAUGGAAAGUCAUGAAAAAGACUUGACCAUCUUUUUGUUUAUCUGUGGUUCUAAAGCCCUAGAGGAUGACCUAGCACUUACGAACCAAUUUGCAACCCAGUAGAAGGUCAAGCGAGAGCAAGCUGACCUGAAAGAACCCAAGUGGUGGGAUCAGGUCAAUAGUAAAACAAAUCCCAACCUGAGAAAGUACCUGGUGAGACUUUUUUGUUUUUAUUAACGAGACAUUGAGUUGUUGGAACCAGGCACUGGAAUUUGUAGGACCCUCCUUGGCUGGAAGCAGCUCAUAGUGGGUUUUUUUUUUAAUUAACGUUCGUACAAUCUUCUGGAAAACUUUUAUUUCAAGAAGGAGUAAAAGGGAGCGUUGGAAAUUAAAGAACUGGAUUAAAACCUUGAGCACUUAAGGAAAACAGGUUAAGGAACUCAAUCCAGGAUGGAUGUGCAGGAGCCGCAGGAGUUGAGUAUGUUUGCAGAGAGUGAACUGAUGUCUGUGGGGAUGGACACGUUCAUCCAUCGCAUUGACUCCACGGAAGUCAUCUACCAGCCACGGCGCAAAAGGGCCAAGCUCAUUGGCAAAUACCUAAUGGGGGACUUACUUGGAGAAGGGUCUUAUGGCAAAGUCAAGGAGAUGUUGGACUCUGAAACCCUCUGUAGGAGAGCUGUCAAAAUCCUGAAGAAGAAGAAACUCCGCAGGAUCCCCAAUGGGGAGGCAAAUGUUAAAAAGGAAAUUCAGCUCCUGCGACGAUUACGACACAAAAAUGUCAUCCAGCUGGUAGACGUGUUAUAUAAUGAAGAGAAGCAGAAAAUGUAUAUGGUGAUGGAAUAUUGUGUGUGUGGGAUGCAGGAGAUGCUUGACAGUGUCCCAGAAAAACGGUUUCCAGUCUUUCAGGCUCACGGAGGAAAACUUGAUCACACCAGAAAGGGUUCUGAAGGAAUCGACCUCUCAGGCCACCAAAAUGCAACAGGGACUUCCAUUAGGUGCAGCUCGACAGCCGAGGACGUGAAGUACUUUUGCCAGCUCAUAGAUGGCUUAGAAUACUUGCACAGCCAAGGGAUUGUCCACAAGGAUAUAAAACCGGGGAACCUCCUGCUAACAACCAAUGGGACACUAAAAAUAUCCGAUUUAGGAGUGGCAGAGGCAUUGCAUCCGUUUGCAGAGGACGAUACGUGCAGAACGAGCCAAGGGUCGCCAGCAUUCCAGCCGCCGGAAAUUGCCAAUGGCCUGGAUACCUUUUCAGGCUUUAAAGUGGACAUCUGGUCAGCAGGGGUCACGUUAUACAACAUUACAACGGGUCUUUAUCCCUUUGAGGGGGAUAAUAUCUAUAAGUUAUUUGAAAACAUCGGGAAAGGGGACUACACGAUUCCAGAUGAUUGUGGUCCUCCGCUCUCAGACCUACUUAGAGGGAUGCUUGAAUAUGACCCAGCCAAGAGAUUUUCAAUACAGCAGAUAAGGCAGCACAACUGGUUUCGUAAGAAACAUACUCAGGCAGAGGCUCUGGUCCCCAUACCUCCUAGCCCAGAGACAAAGGAUAGGUGGAGGAGUAUGACGGUGGUGCCUUAUCUGGAAGAUCUCCAUGGCUACAACGAGGAAGAGGAUGAUGACUUGUAUGACAUUGAAGAUGAUAUCAUCUACACUCAGGACUUCACCGUACCAGGACAGGUGCCUGAUGAGGAGGCCGCGCCAAACGGGCAGAACCGCGGCAAAGGGCUGCCCAAGCCGGUGUGCAUGAACGGGACGGAGCCGGGACAGCUGAGCACCAAAUCGAAAGCGGAGCGGCGGGCGAGCGCCUCGUCCAACCCUUCGCGCAAGGCCUGCUCUGCCAGCAGCAAGAUCCGCAAGCUCUCCACCUGCAAGCAGCAGUGAGCCCGACGCGUGCGCGCUCUUCACAGAGUCUGUCUUGGAGCCUGGGCCAGCCUACGCCCCGUCCUCCUCGCCCCAGCUCCGUCUCUCCUGGGAGCGGACUAUGCUUGCAAUCCAAAAAGAGAAACCCUGGAGGAAAACAGAACCGCCCGCCCCUCCCCCUCCCAAACCCUCUCUCAGCGGCGCCAGGCCCCCGAAGCUGGCAGGAGCCCUCGACCGCCCCCCCAUCUCUCUCCCCAGCUACGCCCAUGCUGGCCCCUCCUCUGCAUCAACUCUUUGCCAAUCAAGACACCACCUCUGUUUUAAUUUGGGAUCUGGAGGGUGAGGUGGGUGGGGGAGGGCCUGGGUGGAGGUCUCCCCCCUGCCCACCCUCGCUGAGUAGAAUUGUGUAAAGCCAUGGCUGUGCACUUUAUGUUUUAGACUACUGUUCUAGAUAUACAUAUAUAUAUAUUUUCCUCUUUG